AGUACUCCUGCGAUUAAAGUGGAUGUCACACUCAAUGGCUGUCCUGUCUCCAUGGAUGUUGAUACAGGGGCAGCUGUGUCUGUCAUUUCAUGGACUGAUUUAAAGGCAUCGGGUCUGUCCCUGCCGCUAAAACCUACAAAGCUCACACUACAAACCUACAGCAAGGAACUACUACAGCCCUUGGGUUAUGUAAAACCCCUUGUUACAUUAGGCAACCGCAGUCAAAGUCUACGCCUUUAUGUUGUAAGGAAUGGAGGUCCUCCGCUGUAUGGAAGGGACUGGAUCAAAGCCCUGGGCAUGCCUCCUUUUACCAUUGCCCAAUGUACAUUGCUUUCUAAAGUAGACCAUUGGGUGGAAUCCCUGAAGUCACGUUUUAAAGAGGUUUUUGAGGACUCUUUGGGCACCGUAAAAGGAAAGAUGGCCCACCUCCUCUUGAAGCCUGGUGCUACACCUCGUUUUUGUAAGGCAAGAUCAGUACCUUUUGCCUUGCGAAAAAAAGUGGAAGCAGAGCUGGACCACCUAUUGGCUGAAAAGAUCAUAACGAAAGUGGAUAGAAGUGAAUGGGCAUCACCAAUUGUGCCUGUCAAGAAAAAGAAUGGAGACAUUAGGAUUUGUGGUGAUUUCAGGGUAGCUCUGAACAACCAACUUCUUGUGGAUCAAUACCCAUUGCCUCGACUUGAAGAUUUAUUUGGCUCACUGGCUGGGGGGCAAAAGUUUACAAAAAUAGACUUAAAGCAAGCUUACCUGCAACUGCAAGUACACCCAGAUUCACGCCAUCUGUUGACCAUUAACACUCAUAAAAGAUUAUUCCAGUAUAACCGCAUGGUUUUUGGCAUAGCCCCAGCUCCAGCCAUCUGGCAGCGGAUCAUGGAUGAGGUACUGGCAGGAAUACCUUUCACCCAAUGUCUACUGGAUGACAUGCUCAUCACUGGUCCCACUGAUGAAGAACACAGAAAGAAUGUUGAAGCUGUGCUAGAGAGACUCCAAAAGUAUGGUUUGCGUGUCAAUCUUUCAAAAUGCGAAUUUCUCAAGUCUCAACUGGAGUUUUGUGCCCACACGGUGGACCGACAUGGGUUACACACUACUGAAGAAAAGGUUAAAGCCCUUACCCAUGCCCCUACCCCCCGGAAUGUCACCCAGCUCAGGUCCUACCUUGGCCUCCUAAAUUACUACCACCGUUUCUUGCCGAACCUAGCACACCAGCUCUACCCAUUACAUCGCUUACUGGAUGCAAGAGCUAAAUGGAUAUGGACAGACAAAUGUGAAGAAGCUUUUCGGCUUUCUAAAGAACUCAUUCUGUCUUCUCGAGUUCUGGUCCACUAUGAUUUAAAGAAACCCGUCAUCCUGGCUUGUGAUGCCUCGCCUUAUGGACUGGGUGCCGUGCUUUCCCAUGUCAUGCCGGAUGGCACGGAGCGCCCCAUUUCUUUUGCCUCCAGGUCUUUAACCUCAGCAGAACAAAACUACUCCCAGAUUGACAAGGAAGCUUUGGCCAUUGUAUGGGCCACAAAAAAAUUUCACGCGUACAUCUAUGGUCGGGAGUUCACACUUAUCACUGACCACAAACCUCUGUUGUCAAUACUGAACCCUCAGAAAGGAAUUUCUACAACAACCGCAUCUCGCUUACAAAGGUACGCUUUAUUUUUAGGAGCUUAUGCUUAUUCUAUCAGAUACCGCUCCCAUGAUACCCAUGGAAAUGCAGAUGCAUUUUCCAGAUUGCCACUAAGAGAUGACCACCCACUAAGAGAGGUACGUGUAGUGGAAGUACACAGGCCACAAUCUUGCAUGUCCACCUCCCUGAUUGCCAGACAUACAGCCACAGAUCCUUUCCUGUCUCAGAUAUUCUCUUAUGUUCAGACUGGAUGGCCAGAGAGAGUUUCAGGUGAAUUUCGUCCGUACUUUGCCAGAAAAUGUGAGUUUGUGACUAAUGCUGGUUGCCUACAAUGGGGCAAUAGAGUGAUUGUACCCCAGUACUUGCAAUCAACCAUGCUAAGGAUACUGCAUGAAGGCCAUCCUGGUGUGGUGCGCAUGAAGCAGCGAGCCCGGAGCUAUGUUUGGUGGCCACAAAUGGAUACAGCAAUUGAAGAUUAUGUUGCUCAAUGUCCUGGGUGCUGUCAAGCCCAGCGACCCCAAAAGAGAGGAACCCUGCAACCUUGGCCAUGGCCAACAGAACCGUGGUCCAGACUCCAUCUUGAUUUUGCUGGCCCCAUCCAGGGUAAAAUGUAUUUGAUCGUGGUAGAUGCGCAUUCCAAAUGGCCGGAGGUUUUUCAAAUGCCUUCUAUUACCUCAGCUGCUACCAUUCUAGUCUUAAGGAAGCUCUUUGCUCAAUAUGGCUUGCCAACAGCCAUAGUCUCCGACAAUGGAACUCAAUUUACAUCGCAUGAGUUUCAAUCCUUCCUUAGUGGCUUGGGCGUCCAACACUACAAAACAGCUCCUUAUCAUCCAGCUUCAAAUGGGCUGGCAGAACGAUUUGUGCAGACAUUUAAGAAGCACUUACUGUCCACUCUGGACCAGGUUGGACUGUCAGAAGAGAAGCUGCUGGAAUUCUUGAUCAUGUACCGUAACACGAAACACGCUACUACUGGGCUGUCACCGGCUUUUCUUAUGUUUGGCAGGCAUCUCCGCACCAAACUUGAUUUAGUUCGUCCGCAGGAACAGUCACCAACGCCUCCUCCGCCGGGCCGUCUGGGAUUCCGUGCCGGUGAUCUUGUAUGGUCUCGGAAUUACAGAGCUUUGCCUCCUUGGCUUCCUGGCGUUAUUGAUGGAACUCUUGGCAGAAGAAUGUACCUUGUCCGCCUGGAGGAAGGCAUUUGUGUUCGGCGACACCUUUCACAAUUGAGGAAACGCAUUUGCCGGUCACUAGUGACAAAACCGACCCCUCUUUCUAACCACCCACCAGAGUCUACUCUGAACUCUGCUGGUGACAUAUGGCAUGGUGUCUGGCAUGAUCCCACAAGUUUACAACCAAACCCUGAACCGGUUGGUGGCCAUAUUCCUGAGGAGCCCGGACAUGUGCCUGGAGUUACAGAGACUGAUUUGUCUGUGGGACGCCCACUGACAUCUCCAGAACCUUUGACUGACUCUAUCCCUCCCGGUGCUGUGCCUCUGCGUAAGUCUACCCGUCAAAGACGUCAAACGCCGCGCUGGCAAAGUGCUGAAAUCUUACGGGACACAUUGGAGGUCAGGGAACAGAGACAAAGGGCUCAUGAAGUGCUGCGGAAAUCACAGAACUGA